AUGUCUGAUAAAAAAUUUGAUGAGACAGUAACUGAUCCCGAGAUUUUAAAUACUGAUUCAUCAGAAAAAAAUCCUGAAAAUGUUCAUGAUCCAGAAUUAGUUGAUUCAGAAGAUAGUUCCCAAGUACUAAAAAGUUUUGAUCCAGAAUUUGAAACAAAUGAAUUAGCAAAAGAAUUAGGUAUAAAUCAAAAGAAAUUGCAAUGGAAAAUUGAUAUUUGUGUUGUUCCUCCUUUUUGCUUAUUGUAUUUUUUAGCUUUUUUGGAUAGAGUUAAUAUUUCAAAUGCAAAUCUUUAUGGAUUUUCAACAGACUUGGGUUUAACUGGUACUCAAUAUAAUACUGCAUUAACUAUGUUUUUCGUUCCAUAUAUCUUUUUUGAAUUAUUAGGUAAUUAUGCUAUUAAAUUUAUAAGACCUCACAUAUGGUUAUCAAGUUCAGUAUUUUUAUUUGGUUGUAUUACAAUUGGUAUCACUUUCGUUAAAACGAAAGGACAAAUUUAUGCUACAAGGUUUCUUUUAGGUGUGACUGAAUCAGUAUUGUUUUGUGGUGUUUUUUAUGUUUUAUCAACUUAUUUCACUCAAAAGGAAUCACUUAGAAGAUUUACAGCAUUUUUUUCAGUUACAUCAUUAAGUGGUGCAGCAAGUUCGCUGAUUGCUUAUAGAGUGCAUGAAUUACAUGGAAAAGCGGGUCUCUCUUCUUGGAGAUGGUUAUUCUUGGUACAAGGUGUUGCAACAGUUGCAUGCUCAUUUCUCUUGUUCUUUAUUAUAUCAGAUUUUCCAGAGACAAACAGGUUUUUAACAGAAAACGAAAAGAAAUAUUUGAAAAAAAAAUUGCAAUUCCAUUCUGGUAUAAAAUCAUCAUAUGAAAUUAAAAAUACAUUUUGGGAUGCUCUUAAAUUAUUAAAAGAUUGGAUGAUUUGGUUACCUACAUUAGCUUAUUUGGGUUUAAUUAUACCUUCAUAUGGAUUUGCAUAUUUUUCAGCUACUAUAGUCAAAGAAUUGGGUUAUACUGCAGUAGCAGCUCAACAACAUUCAGUAUAUCCAUGGGUCUGUUCGUUUGCUGUAAGUAAUAUAAUUGCUUUCUGUUCUGAUUAUUUUGGGAAAAGAUCUCCUUUCCUUAUUGGUGCAUGUGCUGUUGCUAUAACUGGUUUAAGUAUGGUUUUAGGAGCCACUAAAAAUCCAAAUAAAAGAUAUGCUGGUUGUUUUUUAGCUGCUAGUGGGUUAUAUACGGCAAUGCCAAUUUUAAUUUGUUGGUCAGCAUUAAACAAUGGUUCACAUUUAAGAAAAUCAGUUGGAACAUCAUGGCAAAUUGGAUUUGGUAACAUUGGUGGUAUUAUUGCAACUUUUAUAUUUUUGAGUAAAGAUGCACCAUUUUACGUACCUGGUUUAGCUACUUCUAUCGCUGCUGUUUAUUUUUCAAUUAUGUGUUCAUUGGCUUAUUUGUUUAUGUGUUAUAGAUUAAAUAAAUCCAAAAAAACAGAUGCUUACAAACAACAUUUUAAAUCAUUGAAUGAAAAAGAACAAAUUAAUUUAGGUGAUAGAAAUCCUGAUUUUGUUUACUUAUAUUAA